AUUGACUAGACGAAUCAAUUUUUUUCUACAAACCAACAAAAAUUUUUAAGAAUUUUUCAUCUUAUUAGUUUUUUAAGCCGAACUAUUAACAAAUAAACAUCUUUAUUUUGUUUAUAUAAAUAAUAAAACAUUGAGUGCAAUUAAAUAUAAAUAACCUAGAAACGUAACAAAUGUUUAUUAAAAAAAAUACAGCAGAACAUUGUUAAUGAGAUUCUUACAACAAUAAUAGCAGCGGCAGCUUAACAAGCCACGUCGAAGAACUUUAUUAUCCAAAUACCAAAAAAAGAUAGAAAGAUAAAAAAUUAAUAAUUUCCAUUAAAAUAAACAAAACGACAGUAAUAUACACAACGAAGCCGCUAUGGGGUUGGCGGCUAAACUUUAUGUAGUGUCUCUGCUGUUAAUGGCCGGUAGUAGUCGUUAUCGGGUUUUGGGCGAUGAACAUAAUCACAAAUACAAUGAUGGUGAAGAGGUGGUAUUAUGGAUGAAUACUGUGGGUCCUUAUCACAAUCGCCAAGAGACUUAUGCCUAUUUUAGUUUGCCCUUUUGCAGUGGCUCCAAAUCGAGCAUAUCACAUUAUCAUGAAACCCUUAGUGAGGCAUUACAGGGUGUGGAGUUGGAAUUCAGUGGUUAUGAAAUUGAAUUCAAUCGUGAAGUUGCUACCACCGUCAUUUGUAUGGUUGACUUGACGGAGGAUAAAGUCAAGGCCUUCACCUAUGCCGUCAUGAAUGAAUAUUGGUAUCAAAUGUAUAUCGAUGGCCUGCCCAUUUGGGGCAAGGUAGGCGAAAAAGACGAAAAGGAUGGCAAAUAUUAUAUUUACACCCAUAAGAAAUUCGAUAUUGGCCGUAAUGGCCAACAAAUUGUGGACAUUAGUUUGACUACCGAGAAGAAGGAAUUAUUGGUGGCUGGUUCGAAAAUAAAAUUUUCGUAUGAAGUCAAUUGGAAGCCAAGUGUGGUGGAAUUUAAGGAUCGUUUUGAUAAAUAUUUGGAUCCAAAUUUCUUUCAACAUCGGAUUCACUGGUUCAGUAUUUUCAACAGUUUCAUGAUGGUCAUAUUCUUGGUGGGUCUAGUAUCCAUGAUUUUAAUGCGUACAUUACGCAAAGAUUAUGCUCGUUACAGUAAAGAUGAGGAAAUGGAUGAUAUGGAGCGCGAUUUGGGCGAUGAAUAUGGUUGGAAACAAGUACAUGGUGAUGUUUUCCGUUCACCACCACAUACCUUAUUAUUUUCGGCUUUAAUUGGUGCUGGCUAUCAAUUGAUAUCGGUAGUAUUUUGCGUUAUUAUCUUUGCCAUUGUUGGAGAACUAUACACUGAACGUGGUUCUAUGCUGUCUACUGCUAUUUUUGUUUAUGCUGCUACUUCUCCCAUCAAUGGCUAUUUUGGUGGCUCUCUUUAUGCCCGUUUGGGUGGACGCAUGUGGAUUAGACAAAUGUUGGUGUCGGCGUUUAUGGUGCCCGUGUUUGUUUGUGGCACAGCGUUUUUCAUAAAUUUCAUUGCCAUUGGUUAUCAUGCCUCCAGAGCCAUACCAUUUGGCACCAUGGUAGCUGUCACCUGUAUAUGUUUCUUUGUUAUACUACCAUUGACGUUGGUUGGCACUGUGGUGGGGCGUAACUUGGAUGGCCAGCCGGAUUAUCCCUGCCGUGUCAAUGCUGUACCCCGACCCAUACCGGAAAAGAAGUGGUUUAUGGAACCAGCCAUUAUUAUACUAUUGGGUGGUAUUUUACCUUUUGGCUCUAUAUUCAUAGAAAUGUAUUUCAUCUUUACUUCAUUCUGGGCCUAUAAAAUCUACUACGUUUAUGGUUUUAUGCUGUUGGUAUUCACCAUUCUAACCAUAGUCACGGUGUGCGUAACCAUUGUUUGCACAUAUUUCUUAUUAAACGCUGAAGAUUAUAGAUGGCAAUGGACUAGUUUUAUGUCAGCUGCCUCUACCUCCAUCUAUGUGUAUGCAUAUUCAUUUUACUAUUUCUUCUUUAAAACGAAAAUGUAUGGUUUAUUCCAGACCGCUUUCUAUUUCGGUUAUAUGGCCUUAUUUAGUGGUGCUUUAGGUAUUAUAUGCGGUACUGUUGGUUAUAUAGGCACAAGUGUUUUUGUACGCAAAAUCUAUUCCAAUGUUAAAAUAGACUAGAUAAUUAACUUCAACAUCUUCAACCCUUCCCACACCCACACACACAUUUCAAUUCCUCUUCUAAGCGUACCAGCUAUAUAUAUUUUUUAUUUGUCUUAUAUAUAAAAAUGCCGACUACAAAACUUUAAUUAUCUGCUCUUGCUAUUUCUCCCAAAAUGUUUAUCAUAAAAACACAAAAAAUAAAAAUGAAAAAACAAAAAAAAAAAAAAAAAAUAUUUCUAAUACUAGUUUAAGAAAUCCGUAACGCCAGAGAAAACAAUAAUUAAUAAUGUCGCAUAGUCUUAAUUAUAUUUUCUCUUUUGUUUUUUGUAUAUUUUAAAUAAUUUAGUUUAACCGGAAAAUUUUGUAUUCAAAAUUUUCAUUACUUUUCCUCUUCGACUACUACUUAUUUAUAAAUAUGUAAUAUUAAUUAUAUAAUAAUUAUUUUAUGAGUUUUUUUUGUUGUUCGUUGGCAGAACUUUGUUUGUUUAAAUUUGGGUUUUUAGUAUUAUUUUCUUUCAUUCAUGCAUUGUUUUUGUCGUCGUUCUUUUGUUGGCUUUAGCAAUUUGUCGUAACUUCUUUUUAAUUGAACUUGUAGUAACUAUUUCUAUUAAAAAUAAUGUAAAAAAACGAACAUAAAACCAUAAUGUAAUAAGAAAACCAAAUAAUAAAAAGUAAAAACAAAAUGUUAAUUAAAAAUAAAAAAACACAACACACACAAAAACAGUUCUGCUGUAAACAAUUUUAAAUCAAA